AUGUUGGAUAAACUAUACACAGAACUGCUUCUCACCAUCAUCUCAGAGCGAACCAGGGCUCUUCAACACACCAAGGAUGUUCGUAUCUCGUCAAAUCUAGGUUACUAUCUUGAGAACAUCAGCAUCGACCCUAGUGCUCCCGGUAACGAUGAACUUGAAAUAAAUGAUGGCCUUGAUGAGCCCAUAAGUUUCUUUCCCACGGUACAUGGCUUUCGUCGUUUCAAGGAUAAAGUACUAUCUGUUUUGCAUCAGUGCAAGGAAGGGAAUCUUGGGAGCUUUACAUGGGAACUAGGGAGCUGUGUUCCUCAAGAUAUCCUAGGGAGCAAUGGAUAUCUUCCCCUAAAGCAGAAGAACCUGACAUCUAUUCGUCUGAUUACCGAUGCUUCUUGCGCUCCAAUGAAUUACAGUCUGAGCCCAUUCACCAGACUUACGAGCCUGUCGUGGCAUGGAGUAAGGGAAAGGGAAGACCUGACAGCUCUUCGGGAGUGUCUCCGGGUUUGCUCGCACCAGCUGGUUCAUCUUGAUCUCGACUUUUUACCAAGGGAUAAAAUUCGUGACGGCGAGUUUGAUUUUAAGUCUAAUAAUAGUUCCUUUACGUACGAGCUUUUGAAGCCGUUUCCUGACCAUCACCGAGUAUCCUUCCCCAAGGUCCGGGAACUUUCUUUGGCCAACGUCUCGCUAUUAUAUACAGAGGAGUUGACAGAGGCUUUCAAGUUCUCAUCGAUGCGUUCAUUGACAUUUCGAUAUUGUCCCGACUUGGAAGAGCUUCUUGAAUACUUUCUAUUCUUGGAUGAACCCUUCUACAUUGAUAGAUUAGAGAUACAAGCGUGGGCUGAAAUUACCUUUGAAGAUAACCCUGAAGAAACCGAUCUGGGAACUGCUAUCCUGAAUUUCAUCGGAAUGACACGAGACUUAAAAGAACUUUUCCUUUCCACAAGUCGAUGUCCUGAAGCUUGGAUCGCCAUAUUCCAUCACUCUCAUACACUGAGAAAUCUAGUUUUUCACGAACGGGCUGGGCCGGAACCUUGGGAACUCGGGGAACUUCUUAGAGACGCCCCUGGACCUUCAAUCAUGGAUAUUUGGGCUUGGGAAAACUGCGCUAUCUUCAAUGCGGAUAACAAACUUAGGUUGGAAUUCCUAGGACUCUGUUGUAAGCUGGAGGACUUUUCCCCGAAGUUCUACCCGGAAAUAGGUGACAGCCGGGUAAAAGUUCUACAUGUUCGGCAGUCUGGCUUAGAAAUUCAAUUGAAGCUAGAGAACGACUACUAUCGCAAGAGCUAUACUCUGACUGAUUUGCUUAGAGGAAAGCGUAAGAUUAGAGUACGUGAAGAAGAAGACAAAGGAAAAGACGGCAACGACGAAUCCAAUGACGGUAAUAUUAUCCCACAGCCAGUCUGUUCCGGCAAUGACCACGAUACCACUAAGCCCUCUCGCUCUAACGAUGAGGCCACCGACAACCGCGUCUUCCCCAAUAGAGCCCUAAGAGCUCUCGGACCCUUUGCAACAUGGGCAUUCAGUAGGGCUGGGUUCCGCGAACUCGAGCUGCUCACAUUUGGUGACUUCUCCCAUAACGGAAGAUAUUCCAAGCAAAAUAUACUACUUUGUCGACAGAAAGAGCCUCAUCCCCCUGGUAGCAAGAAUCAUCGACAUGUUACAAAGGAUGAUACUACUCUACUAGAUUUAUUCCAACAGUACUCCCAUGCCUUGGGGGCAUGUCCCUCCGACCUUUUCUAG